AUGGGAGCUGCACAAUGCCGAGUUUGUUGCGAGGAUGAGACUGACUCGGGCCAGAUGGUGACAGUGGAGACGAUGACGACCGUUGCUGAUGCCAUCCGACUUCAACAGGAAGAGAAAGCACACCCUUUGAAGCAAGGCUUGUUCGGUGGUACGCUGCAGGGCAGAUGGCGAAGAAUGCAGGACAAAUGCCUUUUGGGUCGAAUCCAAGACAACAAGAUGAUAUGGCAGCCCCUUUAUCAACACCCACCAACCUUGUUGAAGGCACUCGGGGAAGACAGGAUUUGCAUGGAUUUGGAGGGUGUGAGGCACGAGGGCAUGGUGGUGUAUUCGGCAUCCAGCAGCAAGCUGCUGAUCAACUGGAGCGACGGUGAAGUUUGGACGAAAGAACUCUAA